CCCGAGCCGAGGCGGGGACUCCAGGCCCGCGCCGUCGGGGCGCGUCCCGGCCAUGGAGCUCUGGCCGUGGCUGAGCGCGGCGCUGCUGCUGCUGCUGCUGCUCGUGCAGCUGAACCGCGCGGCCAGGUUCUACGCCAAGAUCGCCCUGUACUGCGUGCUCUGCUUCACGGCCUCCAUCCUGGCCGCGGCCGUCUGCCUGCUGCGCCACGGCGGCCGGACGGUGGAGAACAUGAGCAUCAUCAGUUGGUGGGUCCGGUCCUUCAAGUACGUUUACAGCCUUCGCUUUGAGAUAAACGGUCGCCAGAAGCUGGAAGUCGACCACCCCUGUGUCAUCAUUUCUAAUCACCAGAGCAUCCUGGACAUGAUGGGCCUCAUGGAGAUCCUCCCCCAGCGCUGCGUGCAGAUCGCCAAGCGGGAACUGCUCUUUAUGGGGCCCGUGGGCCUGAUCAUGUACCUCGGGGGUGUCUUCUUCAUCAACCGGCAGCGCUCCAGUACCGCCAUGACGGUGAUGGCCGACGUGGGCGAGCGCAUGGUCAGGGAGAACCUCAAAGUGUGGAUCUACCCCGAGGGCACGCGGAAUGACAAUGGGGACCUGCUGCCUUUCAAGAAAGGUGCCUUCUACCUGGCGAUCCAGGCCCAGGUGCCCGUGAUCCCGGUGGUGUACUCCAGCUUCUCCUCCUUCUACAACUGCAGGAUGAAGCUCUUCACCUCAGGAACGGUCAAGGUGGAGGUGCUGGAUGCCGUCCCCACCAGUGGCCUCACCGUCGCUGAUGUACCCAAGCUCAUGGACACCUGCCACCAGGCCAUGAGGACCACCCUCUUCCACAUAUCCAAGAUGCCCCAGGAGAAUGGGGCCACUGCGGGGCCUGGUGCCCAGCCGGCCCAGUAGCCAAGGCCUGGAGUGGGACAGGACCUGGGGUGGGGUGGGCAGGGGCAGAACCUGGCUAGAGAAUGGACAGAGGGGCCCCCUCCCCUGCCCCACCCGGCUGCCAAAGAUCACUGUGUCUCGUUCCCGAGGCUCCCCCGGCUUUCAUUCAGGCCCCGGAAGCGGGGGGCCUCUUCCUGUCACUGGCCUCAGAUGCAAAGGAGAGUCGGCCAGAACCUCCCCCGGCUCUGAGAACGUGGCCUCGCCCACCUGAGCCUCCAGGAUCCAGGUGUAGGAGCAGGCCUGGGGCCCCGGAUGGGCUGACCCGGCUGAGCUGCACGGCCCCGGGACAGUGACCAGAGCUGAGGCCCUCCACGCUCCUGCCUGGGCCUUCAGGGUGCUGAGCAGGCUCUGGGGGCGAGCCACGGCCUGCAUCAGGCUCUCAGGGAGAGGCGGGGCUCGGGGGGGGGCCGGGAUGCCACGUCUUGUGCAACCUGGGCCUCAGGGAGCCGGAAAGCAGAGUCUGCUGCUCCUGCCGGCCUUGGGGAGCAAGUCUGCUGAAUCGGUACCACUCGGUGAUUGUUUUUUAUAAACUAACUCUUGGAAGCGC